ACAAUAAAUACCUGUCUCUCUCUCAGAGCAGUCGUCUGGCCUGUGACAGCAGUGUUUCCUCAGGCGAGGCUGAGCAGCUCCGUUGUCUUUGUUCCAAAGAUCCUCUGUACGAGCUCUCAGAGCAGGAGAAGGACUUCCUCUGGAGACACAGACAUUACUGUGUAAAAAUCCCAGAGUCUCUUCCGAAGCUUCUUAUGUCCGUCAAGUGGAACUCCAGAGACGAAGUAUCACAGAUGUACUGUUUGUUGAAGGAGUGGCCCCUGAUGGAGCCAGAGUCGGCUCUCGAGUUGUUGGACUGUAACUUUCCUGACCCAAUGGUCAGAGAGUUAGCUCUGCGCUGUCUGGUGAAAGGCCUGACAGACGACAAGCUGUCGCAGUACCUGCUGCAGCUGGUUCAGGUGUUGAAGUAUGAGAUGUACCUGGACAAUCCUCUGGCACGUUUCCUGAUCAAGAAAGCUCUGACCAAUCAGAGAAUAGGUCACUUUUUCUUCUGGCAUCUCAAGUCAGAGAUGCACAAUAAGACGGUGUCUCGUCGUUUCGGUCUGCUGCUAGAAGCUUUCUGCAGAGCCUGUGGGAUGUACCUGAAACAUUUGAACAGACAGGUGGAGGCCAUGGACAAGUUGGUGAACCUGACCGACACAUUGAAACAAGAAAAGAAGGACGAGACACAGAAAACCCAGAUGAAGUUCCUGGUCGAACACAUGUCUCGACCCGAUUAUAUGGAGGCUCUGCAGGGAUUCGUGUCUCCUCUGAACCCUGUUCACCAGCUGGGAAACCUCAGGCUGGAGGAGUGUCGGAUCAUGUCCUCAGCAAAGCGCCCCCUGUGGUUGAACUGGGAGAACCCUGAUAUCAUGUCCGAGCUGCUUUUCACAAACAACGAAAUCAUCUUUAAGAACGGAGACGACCUGCGUCAGGACAUGUUGACUCUGCAGAUCAUUAAGAUCAUGGAGAACAUCUGGCAGAAUCAGGGCCUGGACCUUCGCAUGCUGCCGUACGGGUGCCUGUCUAUUGGAGACUGUGUCGGUCUGAUCGAGGUGGUGAAGAACAGUUUCACCAUCAUGCAGAUCCAGUGUAAAGGAGGCCUGAAGGGGGCGCUGCAGUUCAACUCCAACACACUGCACCACUGGAUCAAAGAAAAGAACCGAGGAGAGGCGUAUGACCGAGCCAUCGACCUCUUCACCAGGUCGUGUGCAGGUUACUGUGUGGCCACGUUCAUCCUGGGAAUCGGAGACAGACAUAACUCCAACAUCAUGGUUAAGGAGAACGGACAGCUGUUUCACAUUGACUUCGGUCACUUCCUGGAUCAUAAGAAGAAGAAGUUUGGGUAUAAGCGGGAGCGUGUGCCCUUCGUCCUGACACAGGACUUCCUCAUCGUCAUCAGUAAAGGAAUCCAGGAGUCGACGAAGACCAAGGAGUUCGACAGGUUCCAGGAAAUGUGUUACAAAGCGUAUCUCGCCAUCCGUCAGCACGCCAGCCUCUUCAUCAACCUCUUCUCCCUCCUCCUCGGCUGUGGGAUGCCCGAACUGCAGAGCUUUGAUGACAUUGCGUACUUGAGGAAGACCCUCGCUCUGGAGAAAAGCCAGCAGGAGGCAUUGGAGUAUUUCACUAAACAGAUGAAUGAUGCUCACCAUGGAGGCUGGAGCACAAAGAUGGACUGGAUCUUCCAUACCAUCAGACACAUGCCCAACGAACACUGAGUGUAUAUAUAUAUAUUCACAUACACUUAAUGCUAAUUUAUAUACAACAUACAACACGCCUGUGUUUACUGCACCAUUGUCUUUGACAAUGAUGAGACGUGAUAAAGUUUUAGCGUUACAACGAUGUGUUGGUAGGGUGGUUGUCAUAGCAACGUGAAUCUCAGGGUCAGAGGUGUGGUUAAUUAUGAUGAUGUUUUUACGUCUUCCAGUUGGUGCCGCAGUGAACUUUUUAGCUCUGCUAGCUAAACAGAGAUUUCUUUUAGCAUAGCAUUAUCAACUGUGACUUUAUGAACCAGCUUUAUUGAAACCAGCAGAAGAAACACUGUGGUCACUUUGAGAGCAAUAUUACCCAGUUACUGAUCAAUAUUUAUGACAAUCAGGAGUUGUGACCAAUAGGAAAGCAGUGUUGAUCAGCUGUGGGCGGAGACGAUAUGAUGAGGUCAGACCAAACUCACCAAUUAUUUUCCUGUAAAGAUUCAAACUGUGAUUUUUUAAAAUUAACUUCUCAUUAAAAUAUUAAUAAAACAACAUUAAUAUGAAUCUGUCUCCAGCUGCUAAACUUUAAUUCACUGUGUUCAGUAAAUCUUUUUCCACAAAUUAUUGACUUUUUCAUAAAAGUUGAAUGUUUCCGUCCACAGCUAAAUGAUUAUUGCUGAGUGAUUGAUCCUACGUACAUUUCAAAUGAAUCAACAUAUCGUUGAGUUUUAUCAGGGAUCAGAGUUUUUAGACGACAAUCACAACCAAUCAGCUGCUUGUUAGCUGGUGCAGGUUUAACAGGUCUUUGUUAGCCUCUAGUUUCUGAUAUGCAAUGCAAGGCUAGGGUAGUUAGACUAUUGCACUGGAGCAAUGAAUAAUAGUAAGUAGCUUUAGAUAGUGCUAGUGAUAGUCAUUAAAUAACUGAUGCCUCACCCCUAUCAGCCUCUGGGGGAGGGGCCACAUUCUGAGGUCUGUUUCUGCUCAGGUCAGAGGUCAGUCUAAGCCCCGCCCACUCUGUCACCAUUAGUUUGAUAUGUGACAUCAACUAUUUUGGUUGCCAUAGUGACUGAAGUGAGCAGACAUGCAGUGUUUGCUUCCAUGUUAUCAAUAUCAUUGAUUGUUUUGUAAACCGAUGUAUUGAUGAUUGAUUGAUGUAAUUAACAAGCAUAGUGAUGUCAUCAGUUUCUUUAUGUGUACUAUUGAUUUGUGAUAACUACUGAUCCUGUCUGAUCCUCACUGAGGAGAUUUUAUUAUA